AUGCCGGCUGAACUUAUGGAGAACGGAAAGCUUGAGAACAACGGCCAUCAAGAGAAGCCUCUUCACGAGCUUCUUACUUCGUCCCUGGUAGAUAUCUGUGUUGGCCAAGACUCCACACGCUGGUCUUUACACGAGAGACUCCUGUGCUACCACUCUCCGUUCUUCUCGUCCAUCUUUUACGGAGAUGCCAAGAAUGAAGAGAAGACACCCCGGGAAAAGAAGACCUAUAACCUCCCCGAGGAGGACGACUAUCCGUUUGAGCUUCUAGUGGGCUGGUUGUACUCCAAAUCCCUCCACACACCAAAGACAGAGAAGGACAUCGGCCCUUUGCUUGACUUGUAUCUGCUUUCGGAGAAACUGCAAAUCAAGCAGCUCAGCAUUGACGCCGUCGAAGCAGUCAGGGAAUACUACCACAGCACUUCCACAUAUCCCGGCCUCCGCAGGGUUCAGUACAUCUAUGCCGAAACGGAAGAAGACAACGAGAUGCGCGAAAUGAUGGUGUCGUCGGUCGCGCGCCAAUUAACCAUCGGCGACAAGAUCCCCGCACACUGGGCGACGGCUCUCAAGCGCAACGGACAACUGGCCGUCGACAUUAUCCGCGCGAUUCAGCAAUGGCACAUUGAAGAACGCAGCAUUCCGGAUGUCCGUGACGGCAGUCGGAUCAGGGGCCGACUUCUCAACGGCGGUGCAUUCAGCGCGGUCGAGCGGGUCGGCAACUCGCGGGAAACAGACGACACCAUCGACACAAACAUGGGAGUCGAGAGUUUGAAUAGUGGACCGAGUGAUGCACCGAACGUCAAGAGCGACGCUGAAGAGUAA